AUGGAGCGCAAAGAGUGUGUUUUUCUGGACCGAAACAGCCACUAUCAACAGCACUCAGUUUCGGCAUCAUCCUCGCGACCUGUGCUCUUUCUUCUUCUGGGCAUUGGUAUUGGUUACCUGAUCACCCAGGCGCUCCUGUGGCCAAUUGUACCCCUUAAAUCGCACGCGAUCCGCACAGGGAGGACGACCCCACUGGACAUCGAUUUGACCGACGAGGUGCGAGUCCUGUGCUACGUGAACACGAAACCCAGUAGUCAUAGGACGCAGGCCAAGGCGGUACUUGAGACUUGGGGCAGGAGGUGCAACAAGCUGAUCUUCUUCAGCAGCCGAACCGAUGUCAAUCUCUCCGGAUCCGUGGCCCUGCCGGUCAGUGCGAACUUCCGUGAGUCGUGGCGGAAGACGAAGAGGGCCCUGCAGUACCUCUAUGACCACCACUUGGCGGAUGCCGACUGGUUCCUGGAGGCCGAUGACGAGACCUAUGUGCUGAUGGAGAAUCUGCGGUACAUGGUCUAUCCGUACAGCCCAGACAUGGCCAUCUAUUUCGGCUCCCCGGGCACUGUGAUGAGUCGUGCUGCACUGCGUCGCUUCGUGGAGGUAUCCCUGCCCAAUCCAUCGAAAUGCGAGCCAAAGGACUCGGGUCCCACCGCCGGUAAGCUGAAGGAGUGCCUGGAUAAUGCCAACGUUAUAGCGGGAAAAACUCACGAUUCCAAGGGACGCAGACGGAUGUACCUCAUCGAACCGCAGGCCAGGUCCAAUGUGUAUCUUCGCUAUGACGCAAAGUUUUGGUUCUGGAAAUUCCUCGCCUUCAGAACCCAAAAGGGCAUUUUCUCUUGGUCCAACUAUGCCGUUUCGUUUCAUUUUGUGGAUCAUCGCUAUAUGCACUGUUUCGAGUAUAUGAUCUAUAGACUGCGGGCUUUUGGACGAAAGCUUCCUAUGGAGACUCUUCCCGAGAAGUACGGCCCCAGCAAGAAGGAGAAGAUUCAAGAAGAACAGUUAACUAAUGCUGAGAAAGAAGUGCCAGCUGAUUAUGCCUAUUGAAAGAUUCAGCAGAAUUCUAGGGAACUCUAGAAUAGGUAUUCCAAAAAUUUAUUAUUUUUUUUUUAUUAAUAU